AUGGAGCUGAUCGUGAAGGAAGCUCGCAAAGUUUGGAUUCCCAACCACCCUACGCAUGGAUACAGGCCUGGGCAGGUGGAUGACAAUGCGGAUGCCGGCGACAAUUUACUGGUCGUUGACAUCGAGGGGAACAAGUUCCAGGUGCCCAAGGCAGAGGCCCUAGCAGUGGAUCCCGCCUGCUUGACGGGCGUGGACGACCUUCUGACACUGGGCGACUUCAACGAACCUGCUCUCCUCCACAACAUUCGCGUGCGAUAUGAGGAGGACAAGAUCUACACUGGCAUCGGGACUCCGAUUCUGAUAUCUGUGAAUCCGUACCAGAACAUCCCGGGCCUCUAUAGUGUGGAGCGCAUGCGCGAGUACAAGCGAUAUGCUGCCAAAGCUCCGAGUCAGGCGGGAGGUGGUCUUCCCAUUCACCUUUACUCGGUUGCUGAUGCAGCAUAUCGCGCAAUGCUGCAAGAGAAAUCCAGCCAGUCCAUCAUCAUCUCAGGCGAAAGUGGAGCAGGGAAGACGGAGGCCACCAAGCGCAUGCUCGCGUACUUGGCCGAGCUGCAGUCGUCAAAGCAACACGAGACAGGAGAACGGACCCGAUCGGUUGAGUCGCAAGUCCUCGAUGCCAAUCCGGUUCUGGAAGCCUUUGGCAACGCAAAGACAGUGAGGAAUGACAACUCCUCCAGAUUCGGCAAGUUCAUCGAAGUGGAAUUUGACGCCGGCGGGAAGCUCCUCAGUGCACAGAUUUCCAACUAUUUGUUGGAGAAGUGUCGCAUCGUAACACAGCAGCCAGAGGAGCGCAACUAUCACAUCUUCUACCAGCUGUGCGCUGCAGCUCAGAAGGGUGAGGAUCUUCCUGCUGGGCUACAGCUCCAUGCAGCAGAUGACUUCGAGUAUAGCAAGGUUUGCCUGUCUAUCUCGGGGGUCGAUGAUGCUGCAGAGUUCACCAGCGUCCGGGAGUGCAUGGUGAGUCUUGGCUUCUCCAAGGAGGAGCGCGACACAAUCUUUAGGGUCAUAGCGGCCGUGCUCCAUCUUGGACAAGUCCAGUUUACUCCAUGUGUCAGAGAAGGGCAGGAUGGUGUUUCCGUGGCAAAUGACAGUUCUGUAUCUCUGGCAUGUGAGCUGCUGGGCCUCCCCUUGGACCAAAUGCAAGACGUUCUGGAGCACAAGACCUUGGAGGACCCGUUGACGAGGAAGAUCAUCCGCAUGCAGCAAGAUGCGGCAUCAGCUUCGUUUACGCGCCACUCCAUGGCCAAAGUGAUCUAUGCCCGCUUGUUCGACUGGCUGGUCUGGCGCAUAAAUGAGAGCAUCUGCAACAAAGGGUUGCAGAAGGACGUCCGCAAGAUUGGAUUGCUGGACAUCUAUGGGUUUGAAGUGUUUGAUUGGAAUUCGUUUGAGCAGCUCUGCAUCAACUUUGCCAACGAGAAGCUCCAACAACACUUCAACAUGCACAUGUUCACGCUUGAGCAGCGGCUCUAUACAUCCGAAGGUAUUACAUGGGAUCACAUACAGUACCAGAACAAUCAACACAUCAUUGACACCCUGGAGCGGAAACCACUGGGGCUGUUCUGCCUGAUUGAUUCUGAAUGUUUGAUGCGCUCUGCCACUGAUGCGACACUUCUUUCCAAAAUUCAGAACUCGUACAAGAACUCCAAUGUAAUCUCAAGGGCCUCCAGGUUUGCUACAACAGAGUUCAAGAUUUCGCAUUACGCUGGUGACGUGACGUACAGCGUGGAAACUUUCCUUGAGAAGAACACGGACAAGCUUCAUGCCGAUGUGGUGGCGUUGUUCAAGGAGUCCAAGCUGGAGUUGGUGAAGAAGCUCUUUACCGACCCUCGCUUCUCGCCUGAGAACAAGCCUGAGACCAAAGCUGCUGCAGGCCGCCCACUGCGCCGUCAAAGCACUCGCAACCCGGACGACCAGCGACGAGAACGGCAGAAUGUGACCGUCAGCAUGAUGUUUCGGGAGCAGCUGGAUCGGCUUGUCGAGGAUCUGAACAAGACGAACCCUCGCUAUGUCCGAUGCAUCAAGCCGAACGCCCUAAAGCAGCCAAACGAGCUGGACUCACUGGACGUGCUCCGGCAGCUGCGGUGCGCGGGCAUGCUCGAGUCCAUUCGCAUUCGCAGAGCUGGCUAUGCGGUGCGAAGGCCUUUUAAGGAGUUUUUCUCCAGAUUCCGCAUCCUGGCGCCGAACUUGGUAGCGACAGGGGCAGAUCCCGACUACAGGAGCCUUUGCCAGCGCCUAGCGACGGAGGUCGAAGAGCGACUCUGCAAGCAGGGCGUUGUCUUGGAGGAGAAGUCGUGGCAGAUGGGUCAGACGCGCGUCUUCAUGAAGGAGGAUCUUGAGAGGCGCAUGGAGCAGAUGAUCGUGGAGUCUGCGAAGCGGCAGGUGCAAACGAUCCAGCGAUGCUGGCGAGGCUUUGCUCAGAGACGGAGAUUCCGCAUGCUGCGCGGCGCGGCCCUGCAGUUCCAGGCAGUUUGUCGCACGGCGGUCAAAGCAAGGAGUUUCCAAAAGUUUCGGACGGCAGCUUUGCAGAUCCAAGCCUCCAUGAAGACAGCCCUGGCCGAAGAGCGGAUGCAGAGGCUCAGGGCAGCCUCCCUCGAGAUCCAGGCAGCUUUGCGAACAAUUGGGGCGCUGAGGGAGGUGGAGCAACUCAGGCGCGAGGCAGCGGCCGAGGCUGCCGCUGCCGAGGCUGCGGCUGCCCAGGCUGAGGUGGCCAAGGCUGCAGCUGCCGAGGCUGCGGCGGCCGAGGCUGCAGCGGCCGAGGCGGCUGCUUCCCAGGCCGCAGCAAGAAAGGCUGCAGCGGCAGCGGCAGCUGCACAGGCGGCCACGCAGGCAGACCCAGUGAAUGUAGCGCCCGCAGCCCCAGUGCUGCCCGCACCUGCGCUGACAGCGGACGGGGGGCGCUCCCCGGAGUCCAGGCCACAGGGAGCGCUCCCUGCAGCCUCGAACGAGCCGGGACCGGAUCCAUAUGCACCUACACGUGACCUGGAGCUGAGCCAGAGCAUGCGGAAGCCAGAGUCAUCGCCAAAGACAGGCCUCGGCACCGUAAACCUCGAUGCCAGCAUCAGGAAUGCUGCGCUUAACCUGGGCGGGGGAGGCGCUCUGGACUCGCUGCGGUCUGAGCUCAUGGCAAGGCUCGAAGGAGGCGCUCGGGAUGGAGGCCUCCCUUGCUUCGAUCCCGGGCACCCACUCAGCAGCUCGCUACGACAUGUUUCUGCAGAAGGUCUGCCCUUCCAGGACUCGCUGGUGAAGAAUGGCAAGCCAUCUGUGCAAUGUAUUCCGGACGAGGAGGAGUUCCCUAUGCGGAAGACAAUCAUGAACCAGCGGAAGAUCAUGGAGCAGCUGCAGCAGCAGUUUAAGGAGGCACUCGUGGCCAAGCCGGACGAAGAGGACAUCAAGCCCCUGGAGAUGGAUGGGGAGGCCAGCCGGGAGCACAUGCAGCAGCUCCAGGACGAGAUCAAGAAGCUACGAAGCACCAUCGGGACACUGAAGGCGAGCCUCAGUAGCUGUCAGCAAGCGGAAGCGGCGCGGGCUUCCGAAGCAACCGAGUACUUGGAGAAGGUCGGAUUGCUCUCAGCCCAGCUGGAGGACAUUCACCGCACGCACAGAGAAGAGCUCAACCACGAGCGGAGGCAGGCGCAGGAGCUCCGUGGUGAAGUUGACAGGCUAGGCAAGAGCUUGCAAGACACGAAAGGAGAGGCAGUCCAUUGGAGAUCAGAAGCACAGCAAGCAAACAUCAGCUGCAAUGCUGAGAAGGAGCGGCUAGAAGAACUAGAGCGGAGCCGCCAGGACUUCGUCCUUCAGGAGAACCAGAUGAGUUGGAGAGAAGAGAAAGACAGGUUACUCAGGGAGCUGCAGGGCAAAGACCGAGAGCUUCAUGGCCUCAAGCAGGCUAUGAACACCAUCAGCUCCAGCCAUGCACCCCUAGAAGAGGUGCAGAGGUGGAAGGCAAAGGCUCAAGAGCUGCAGAAGCUGGUGGACCAGGAGAAACGCAAAUCGAGAGAGAUGCAGUCAGCAGUUGGGCACAUGCAGCAUGCUGCCUCCAGUCAAGGUGGCGACCUGCAGGCCUCGCAGCUACGCAUCCACACCAUGCAGCAAGACUUGGAACGGCAGACCCAAGAGCUCAAGAAGAUGGAUCUUGAGAAGAAGGAUCUUCAGGGCCAGAUGGAGAGCAUCCAGACCGCAUCCCAGUACUUCCAGAACCAGUACAAGGCCACGCACGCCGAGUUGCAGAAGCAGAAGGCCAAGACAGCCGAGGUGACCGAAGGCCUGCAAGGCCGCAUCCGCGAGCUCCAGGCCGAGGUGGCAGCCUUGCAAGGACGCUCAGUCGGUGUCAAGGGUGUCAUUUCCGCCGAGGCAACUCCGAGCUCACGCCAUGUGCAGGAGGUGGAGAGGAUGCAACCCGAGUUGGGCAGAGCUUCUUUGCUCUCGCAGCUCAACUUGAGCGGUCAGUUCAGUUCCCUUAAGCCUAAACCAAAGGCUGCAGUCAUGUCGCGCAGCUUCAACGAUGAGAUGGGGUUCCUCAAGCGGGAGGACGCUACUUCCUAUUCCAUCAGGCCGGGCUUUGUGAAUGGCAUGAAUGUGCCGGGCAAGUUCUAUGUCAACGAUCAGCUUGAGCGCUUGAUGAUUGAUGAACUGCGGAGCUUCAGCAGGCAGUCUCACAAUGCGGGUGGGUUUCUGCCUGCUGUGAAGCAGAUUGGCAACGUUGCAGCUCUGCCUGGCAUCGUCAAAUAUUCCAUUGGCCUCCCAGACAUCCACAGCGGAUAUGGCUUUGCGAUUGGAAACGUCGCCGCAUUUGACAUGGGUCUUCCAGAAGCCGUUGUCUCUCCUGGCGGCGUCGGGUUCGACAUCAACUGUGGUGUCAGACUCGUGCGGACGAACCUCCUCUACUCGGACGUGCAGCCUGUGAAGGAGACUCUGGCGCAGUCGCUCUUCGAUCACAUUCCAGUCGGAGUUGGCUCCAUGGGCAUCAUUCCCACCAAGGAGCAGGACCUGGAGGAGGCGCUGCAGAUCGGCAUUGAUUUCUCGCUCCGAGAAGGCUACGCGUGGCCCGAGGACAAGGAACACUGUGAAGAGUACGGGCGCAUGCUGAAUGCCGAUCCCGGGAAAGUCUCCAGCCGGGCAAAGAAGCGUGGGCUGCCCCAGUUGGGCACACUCGGCGCAGGAAACCAUUACGCUGAGAUCCAGGUGGUCGAUGAAAUCUACGAUGAGUUUGUGGCCAAGAAGAUGGGCAUUGACCAAAAGGGACAGGUGUGUGUCAUGAUCCAUUCUGGAAGCCGUGGACUAGGACACCAGGUUGCAACUGAUGCCUUGGUGGACAUGGAGAGGGCUAUGACUCGGGACAACAUCCGUACCAACGAUCGUCAGCUGGCAUGCGCCAGAAUACAGUCCGACGAGGGCCAGAAUUACUUGAAGGGCAUGUCUGCAGCCGCCAACUACGCGUGGGUGAACCGUUCAUCCAUGACUUUCCUCACACGCCAGGCAUUUGCCAAGGUCUUCAACCAGUCUCCAGAAGACCUGGACAUGCACGUGAUUUAUGAUGUCUCACACAACAUCGCCAAGGUGGAAGAGCAUUUCGUGGAUGGCCAGUGCAAACAGCUGCUCGUGCACAGAAAAGGCUCUACCCGAGCCUUCCCGCCACACCAUCCGCUGAUUCCUGUAGACUACCAGUUGACCGGACAGCCAGUCAUUGUUGGAGGCACCAUGGGCACGUGCUCGUACGUGCUGACUGGAACCGACAAAGGUAUGAGAGAGACCUUUGGCAGCACCUGUCAUGGAGCCGGGCGUGCAUUGAGUCGAAACAAGUCGCGCAACAACCUGGACUAUGGUGAUGUCCUCAAGAGAUUAGAGGACCUGGGCAUCUCGAUUCGAGUUGCUUCACCAAAGCUCAUUAUGGAGGAGGCUCCCGAGAGCUACAAGGAUGUCACUCAGGUGGUGCAGACCUGCCAUGAUGCCGGCAUCUCCAAGAAGGCGAUCAAGCUCAAGCCAGUUGCUGUUGUGAAGGGUUGA